AUGAAGUCUGUGCAAAAGAAGCAACAGACCUUGUCGUCUUUUUUCAGAAAACCUGCCCCUAAUCCUGUGACUCGAGUCGAGGAGGAUACCGACGACGACGAUGUCCAACUACCAUCCGCAAAGAGGAGGCGAAUAACUCCCAUUGAAAGCGACCUCCUCGAUGGUGCUGACGAAGAAAUUCAACAUACCGAACAAGAUGAGAGGACUCUGAGACCCGUCUCUGCAAACGAACAAAACAUGGUCACAGCCUCAAAUGACCUCUGCUCGACAGAUCGAACCUCGAAAUACCUAUUCUCCUCUCCUCCUCUACAAGAAAAUCAGAACGGCGAAGACAAACGUCGAAAGGAAGAAUUGCAUCGUAGAUUCGUGAAGAAACUUGGAAAGCCGGAUAGCAUAGCUGAGAUCAAGAGACGCAAUCGGGCACUAGAAGAAGACGCGGAGGAAAAUGAUGAAGCCGAUGGAGAGCCAACAGAAGAAGCACCGAAACUCACGGCUCGGGCGAAGGGUGCCAAAAAAGGUGGUAGCAAACUCACACCAAUGGAGAAACAGGUGAUAGAGAUUAAACAGGCAAACAUGGACACCCUGCUCGUUGUGGAGGUUGGUUACAAGUUUCGCUUCUUUGGUGAAGAUGCCAGAAUUGCCGCCAAAGAGCUGGGUAUCGUUUGCAUACCUGGGAAGUAUCGUUAUGACGAGCACCACUCCGAAGCGCAUCUGGAUCGCUUUGCGUCCGCUAGUAUCCCUGUGCAUCGACUCCAUGUCCACGUCAAGAGGUUGGUUUCGGCUGGUCACAAAGUUGGUGUGGUUCGUCAGCUUGAGACUGCUGCUCUCAAGGCUGUUGGUGACAACAGGAACGCUCCUUUUGUGCGAAAGCUCACCAAUUUGUACACAAAAGGCACCUACAUCGACGAUAUCGAGGGAAUCGAGGAAGAUAACCGAGCAAAUCCUGCUCUUCAGUCACCAUCGACGGGCUUCCUCUUGUGCAUGACUGAAGUCAACGUUAAGGGCUAUGGAAAUGACGAGAAGGUCCAUAUUGGUCUUGUUGCUGUCCAACCUGCCACUGGUGAUAUCGUGUAUGACGACUUUGAGGAUGGAUUCAUGCGAAGUGAAGUCGAAACAAGAUUACUCCACAUUGCACCGUGCGAGUUCCUGGUCGUCGGUGAGGUAUCAAGAGCGACAGAAAAACUAAUUACUCACCUAUCGGGAAACAAGACGAAUGUCUUCGGAGACAAAAUCCGUGUCGAGCGAGUCGAUAAGCAGAAGACCAUGGCAGCACAAGCCCACAGCCAUGUGUCAACCUUUUAUGCUGAAAGAUUGAGGGAUACUCAAUCCGGACAGAAUAAAGCCAUAAAUAUAUUCGACAAAAUCCUGGGCCUGCCGGAACAUGUGCUGAUCUGCUUGUCAGCUAUGAUCAAGCACCUGUCUGAGUACGGCCUCGAGAAUGUAUUUCAGCUCGAGAAAUAUUUCCAACCUUUCUCCGCUCGAUCUCAUAUGCUGCUGAAUGGGAACACCCUGACGAGUCUCGAGAUCUAUCAGAACCAAACUGACCAGUCUACCAAAGGCAGUUUGUACUGGAUGAUGGACCGGACGCAGACAAAAUUUGGUGGUAGAUUACUUCGAAAAUGGGUUGGUCGCCCGUUGUUGGACCAACGUCUUAUCGAAGAACGACUUGAUGCCGUCGAGGAGCUUCUUGAUUCUGCAAGAGCGGUCAACGUCGAGAAAUUACGCCAUGUCCUCUCGAAGAUGAGGACCGACCUCGAAAAGAGUCUUAUUAGAAUCUACUACGGCAAAUGCACUCGCCCUGAACUAUUGAACGUCCUUCAAUCUCUACAAUUCCUCGCCACCGAAUUCGGCCAUGUCACCGAUGCAGCAUCUACAGGUUUCACCUCCCACCUUAUCUCGUCUGCCCUCAUUUCUCUUCCCUGUAUACUGACAGAAGUGAUUGGUUAUCUGGACAAGAUCAAUCUCUCUGCCGCAAAGUCUGACGACAAGUACGAUUUCUUCGCCGAGUCUGCCGAAACUGAGGAGAUCACGGAACACAAACUUGGCAUUGCUGGGAUUCAGCACGACCUGGAGACGUUUCGCACCACUGCUGCCGAGAGGUUGGGCAAAAAGCGCCCAGUUGACUACAAUACCGUCGCGGGUAUAGACUAUCUCAUCGAAGUUGAGAACUCUUCUGCGACCAUCAAAAAAGUCCCUGCCUCAUGGGUGAAGAUCUCCGGCACGAAGAAAGUCUCACGUUUCCACGCUCCUGAAGUUGUGAAGCUAAUACGCGAGCGUGAUCAGCAUAAAGAGUCUCUUGCGGCGGAAUGUGACACGGCGUUCAUGGCUCUCCUUGCCGACAUAAGUACAAAAUAUCAGCUGUUCAGGGACACCAUCCAAAGCCUUGCGACCUUGGAUUGUCUAUUGUCUCUGGCCAAGCUCGGCAGCCAGUCGGGAUACGCGAGGCCAAGUUUUACAAAGGACAUCAAGAUCGAUGUUGUCGGGGCACGACAUCCGAUGGUCGAACAGCUCCUUCUGGACAGCUAUGUGCCCAACGACAUUUCUCUGUCGAGCGACGCGACUCGUGCCCUGCUCGUCACCGGCCCGAACAUGGGCGGCAAGAGCUCGUACGUGAGGUCGGUCGCUUUGGUAUGCAUCAUGGCGCAGAUCGGAUCGUUGGUGCCGUGUGAGUCUGCGACCCUGGGCAUCCUCGACGCCGUGUUCACGCGGAUGGGUGCCUUUGACAACAUGCUGAGUGGGGAGAGUACGUUCAUGGUCGAGUUGAGCGAGACGAGCGACAUUCUGAAACUGGCCACGGAGAGGAGUCUGGUCGUUCUCGACGAGCUGGGUCGCGGGACGAGCACGCACGACGGCGUGGCGAUUGCGAGUGCCGUGCUCGAUUACCUGUUCCGAGAGAAAAAGUGCCUGACCCUCUUCAUCACGCACUACCAGGUCCUCGCGCGCAUGGAGGCCGGGUUCGAGGCCGGCGAGUUGCGAAACGUCCACAUGCGCUUCACCGAGGGCGGGGAGAAGGACACGGUGACGUUCUUGUACGAGGUCGGCGAGGGCGUGGCGCACAGGAGCUAUGGCUUGAACGUGGCGAGGCUGGCGAACCUGGGGGGCGGCGUCAUCGAGACCGCCAGGUGCAAGAGCAGGGAGUUGGAGGACAAGACGCGGGCGAGGCAGGUCGGGAGCAUGGCCAGGUGGUUGCUCGAAGACGCCAGUGAUCGGCAGAUGGACAGGAUGGCUGGGGACAGGCUGGAUUGGCUCGUCGAGGGUAUCGAGAUGCUGUGA